UUAGGAGUUCUAGUCUAGACGAAAGGUUUGAAAAGAAACGAAGUUCCCUCCUGGAGACUGUUUAUAGAAUUAAUAUUGGACUUGGUUUGAGAGUCUGUCGUUAACAGAUCUUUAGUUGAGAUUUAUUGGUUUUAAAGCUCGCGAGAUUAACGCACGGGACCUUUAUUUUUUUUCUUUCUUUCUAGACUUUAUAUGCAGUCUCUGUCAGACGCCAUAGUUUUCUUGUGCAGUGGUAAAUGGCCUGCGAUGUCCACCUACGCCAUCAAACAUGACUAGUAAAGGGACAGAGAGUGAAUGGGAGUCCACCUUAGAUGAGGACAGUGAGUGCGAGGCCGCCGCUAGUCAGGGGUCGCGCAUGCGCCGCGGCGACAUUAGCGCGAAAGUCACCCAGGAGAUGCGCAGGAUGAUCCACAAGGCGGAGAAGAAAGGCGCCGCCAAUCAGGCGCCCUUCCAAUCCCUGGCGGAGAACUGCGGUUUUAAAGUCAUCUCUGAAGACGACACCAGCGACUGCGAGCGUGAAUUUGAGAGCGACUUCCGCAGCAGCGACGACAACGAAGACGACGGGAACAGUACAGCAUCCACCACAUGCACCAGCUGUUGCUACAGCGACCACGCACUGCGUGGGAGUCGCUGCAACAGCUACCAAGUAUCCGGCCAGCCGAUCUGCUCUGCCUCGGAAAUUAGCCACAGUGAAAAAUCGAGCCGCAAAACAAGAGACGCCAUGCAGGACUCAGUUUUGAAAGGGAGCUCACAGCCAGCCAAAACUUGGAAGGUGGAGGCCGGGAAAACUGUGUGGGAAAGGAUCGACCCAGUUGUUGAUAAUUUGGGAACCCCUCGAGACUCUUCCGCUAACCACGUCACUAUCGAAGAUUCUCUUCCUGCAAAAUGCAAACAGAAAGCAAUACAAAGUUCCGGACGCUCGGCCUUCCGGCCCGUGAUCGCAAGAAGUCAAGGUGACCCCAAUGUAUCCGAUACCUCCAAAACUACAGAAACGAAAUAUAAAAUCUUCAUGGAAAACACGGCUUUGGGUUCUCAGGGCAACCGAACCGUCGGCCAACCCAACACAAAAAAUACCGUGGUAUCAAAGCAGGAUCAGAAAGAGAAGAUGCCCGCUCGCUCCAUCGAUGUUCGACCUCUUGGCAGGGACUCGGCGAACAGCGAUAAGGAGGUGGAAGAAACUAUCAGAAUAACGAAAAAAUUGAAAAUCUCCGCCAAUGACCAACAACGAAUUCAAGACUCGCAAUUGGCGGAAAACGGCAGGCGAUCUGGGGGAAUGAUUCCUCGACUGCGGGAGAUGAACGAACGUGUCCUAAGAGUCGGCAACGCGAAGCAGCCAGCUACCUGCAGGGCUGACAAAACGAAGGGAGCACCUAGCGCUCGGCGAUCAACAGACUAUGCCCAAAAGACAAACUCGCCAGCAGGCUCUUCCUCCUCAGUACGGAGACAAAACAGCAUGCAGAGUGAUGGACCCAGGCGCCAGACGUGUGACGGACAAGUGAGCUCUACAGAUUCCAGGCGGCACAGGUCAGAAGGUCAAGUCGCCGGUCAUAAUAAUCGAGCCCCGAAUAGCGCCAUCGAUGAAAUGUUCACGCCACUGGCGCUGCCUGGAACUCGGGUGAAAGACAACACUGGAAGUGAGACAAUGACAGCAGACGACAAGCGUCACGUGGACUACAGACGUAACGUCAACUGCAACUACGAGGACGCCGAUAACGGAGAAGAGAUUUGCGCCAGUGCGUUCAUCGGUCAAUACUUGUAUGAGCUGUGGAAGAAUCAAUGCCUGUGUGACGUCAGAAUACGGGUCGGUAAAAGCUCCUACCUGGCCCACAAGAUUGUUUUGGCGGCCUUCAGCGAAGUGUUUUGUCCCAACGAACCUCAAAAGAUGCCGUCUUUGUGUUUUGACGUACCCCACUCCACACCUGAUGCUGUCUAUCAGAUCCUUCUCUACCUGUACACGUCAGAGAUGGAACUGACCGAUGGUAUCUUGGAGGAAGUUCUCAACGCAGCAAACUUCAUGGGCAUCUGGGAAGUCAUCUGUCUCAUCAAAGAGAUACUGUCCAAGCCAACGUUUGAUAACUUUGCGUUGUAUCUAGAGAUCAGAGAACGGCAGGGCAUGUCCGCUGGGCUGCUGGAUUUUCCGGACAUUGUUCGGGAGCACCUUUUGGAGCUCAUCGAUACUCCUCACUUUCUGAGUUUAACGAUUGAUGAGCUGGAGGCGCUCCUGAGAGACCCUGACAUCAUGGUGGAAUCCGAGAUGGACAUCGUGAACGUCAUCUCCAAGUGGAUUGAGUAUGACCCCUUCCACCGCAUGAAGUGUGCCGCCCGGCUCCUAAGUCUGGUCAACUUUGAAUGUCUGUCAGCUGAGACUUUGUUUGAGAUAGUGGAGGAGAAGAAACAUCUUUUUGACAUGGAUGCCAUUCAAGUCCUUCUGGAGGCCUUCAAGUGCCAUGCCUUAAGAGCUAAAGAUAGCUGUCGGAUGCCACCAAACAGGGCACAGGACUAUUGCAGAAUGGGUAGACCAAUGGGGAUCAACGAAUGCUCUUCCAACUGUGAGUCAGCGUUUCCAGUGCAAGAACAAGUUCGACCCCUGGACACGCACGUCAAGACGUUUAAGGAGAUCAGAGACCAUUUCGCCUCCCAGCGUCAGACGGAGGCCCGCCGCGUGAUGCCGCGCGGAAACCUGGCCAAGCAGUGCAUCAACUCGCACGCCGUGCCGUACGACGACGCGCAGCCGAAGUUUAAAGGGACCGGCGUCGCCUCCAGCGCCGUCCCGUCUAACAGGAGCUCCGGGUUCCACUCGGCGGAGAGCCCCUGCCAACCGAAGCAGUGCCCCACCGCGAACGACAGCGUCAAAGCUGUAAGGGAGUUCCACCUGAGCGCCGCCGCCCCUGUGAUGAACGUGGAGGGACACGCCAACAGGUGUCCAGAGGAGCUGGAGCAGCGUGCGUCCGCGGAGAGACGGAGCCGAAACGUCAGCGGACAGAAGCCUUUGUGUGUUGGUGAAUACGACGAGAGCACCAUGCAGUCCAAACCCCAUCCAAACCUGAGCAACAAGGGCAGACAGGACGACAACAUCGCCAAGAACAAAUCGCCGUCGAAGAGCGGCUGGAGCAACGACUGCUACCCACCCUGCAAGUCUCCGGGUCCCUUAUGGGCCGACAGAGAGGAUGAGCUGGAAUUUACAGGACAACAGGGGCGACGACUGGUCAGACGCCGUGGUGAUCUCAUCAAGCCGAGCCUUUCCCCAGGGGACACAACUGGUUCAGAAAGGUCAAGCAGAAAACGAGUGACAUUUUCCUGAAUCUUUGGCCAAAAAAAAAAAAAUCUUGUCUAAUAAAAUAGAGAAUUAAAAAAAAGAGUUAAGAAAAACAAAUAUAUGUAUAAAUGACACACCUAAUUCGUAACUACAAUUGGAUCAUUGAAGUAAUUUUGAUGGAACGUAGGCCCAACUACACAGGGCACACCACAGACGGUAAAUCGAAUGCGUCUUUAAUCGAGAUCAAUCGCCAGCCUCACAUACAGUUGCCAGUAGCAGGGUUAGAAAAGUAUUGUUUUUGAGAUCAUAAAAUAAAUUGACUAUGUCUCAAUCUAUUUAUCUUUCAGAUAAGCUCUCUCUCUCUCUCUUUCUACCCCUCUCUGUUUCCCUCACUCUCUUUCUCUUUAAUUAAACCAUCCCAAUUAGUUUGCCCCAGUUUCUGCUGCUUUCUGUUGUAAUAGAUAGUCUUUUUUUUUUUACCUUUCCUAGAUGUCAAGGAUCUGUUAUGGACAGAUUUAAUCAAUUAGAUCGAUUGAUUCCUUCAUAAUUUUAAUUUUACUUAUUACAGAAAAAUUAUUUUUUUUAUAUUUGUAUGCAAAUGACACGCUGUGUUUUAAAAUAUAAAAAAACAACUUGCACUUAAUGACUACAAAAUAAUAUUCAUGUAAAAUCUACGCUUUCUAUCACUUUCUUACAAAGUCACUAGACCUUCUAUUUCUCAAUGUUAAGCUAUUGUCAUCAGAGUUAGAUCUAGAGCUAGUUCAAUAAAAAACUUCAUAAUAUUUCAAUAUUGUGUCAUAUAAUGAAUAAACAUUUCUAAAGAACGUACUAUAUAAUGUAUUAAGUAAACA